GCCGAGAAUUCCCAGCACCGACGGCGCGCAGCGAACCGGUGGUGGACAUGGCUGGGGUAGAGCCCAACUGCUACGUAAGCCGCUCUUGCCAAACUGACAGUGUCACUGGCUUCCAGUACAGCGGCUCUGGUGACGGCAUCACGGACGAGCUGGUCGAGUGCUGCCAGAAACUGCUCCAGGUUCCGACCGACCCUCGCUACACGCACACCGGGCCCGAAGAGGCGCCCGUGCGCCUGGGACGACGUCGAAACGGUGCCUCGGACGCCGACGCCAGCGCACCAGCGAGUGGGGGCAGGCGGUUCAGGCUGAUCGGCUUCCUGAGCCGUUUGCACAAGCCGAAGCAGCCGGCGGAGAAGACUCGGCCGAGGUGGUCCGCUCGCGCACGGCAGCGCUUCCACAAGCUGGCAUCGUGGGUGCACGCGCUGCGGCUGGCGCUGCGCAUCCCGGGUGAGACACCGGCGCCCAAGGAGGACUACCACAGCCCAGCAGCGGCCGAGGGCGAGCACUCAGCGUUCGUGGAAGUUGCUGCCAGCGAAGAGGAUGACACAGAUUCCUGGCCACCGGACUGUUUUCAGGACAUCCCUCUGUGACGGGCGCCUGGCUCGCUCCAAAGCCGCCAUAACGACACAGGGCAGGAUCGAGCACUGUCAGUUGUCCCGCUGUUUUCCUCGCAGCGUCACUCGUCCUACAUUGCAAGUCAGUUUGGAGGUCAUAGACUUGCCGAGGCACCAGCUGCAGGGGCAAAUCAACACUUGCUUUCAUCGCCUCAAACGGUACUUUGUGCUCUUUAGGUGAGCCGUUGCUGCCUUCGCUUGACAGACUCACUGUGCCAGCUGGAUUUGCAGCGCUCCGGCCCUCUCCUUGUUCGUUGCAUUUUUUUUUUCUGUCUCUUUAGAACACUUGACCAAAAGCAAUGUUCUCUAAUUAGUCCAAAUAAAGCGCUUAAUCUAAG